CUUCAUCUACCAUGUGCACCUCCGAUGCACUUUGCUUCUUGCCCUACCCUCCAUUCGAUGGUAUGUUGACCAGCCACCUGGCAAGGAUGGAUAAACAUCGCCGUAAUUCCGGUAGCGAUGGAUUAUCGGGAGUUUGGAUACUACUGUGUUAGGGUUGCCGUGCUUCCUUCCUUUACCGCGAAGGGAGUUACGUCUUGAAUGCAGCGUGGUACUGCCAUGUUGAGUGCAGCAGAAUUUAAGAAACGACUUCACGGAUGGCUGAGCUAUGCUUCCGCAAGCGAAGUAUUCGUCAUCGUAUCGUUGACGCUGUUUUUACCGAUAUUUCUAGAGCAAUUUGCACGAGAUAACGGAUUUCUACUGCCCGACAGAACGACCCCAUGCUCAACAGUGGCAAAAAUUCUGCACGUGAAUGAUUCCCCUGAGAGAUGUAUAGUGAAACUCGGAUUUCUGUGGAUAGAUACCGCUAGCUUCAGUCUCUACGUGUACUCGAUAUCCGUCGCACUCCAAGCGUUGACGGUGAUUUCUGUGGGAGGCAUCGCUGAUAAUUCGGCCCAUCGCAAACGGCUUCUCCUUACCUUUGCGUUACAGGGAGCUUUCGCCGCAGUUCUCUUCCUGAUACUACCAUCAUCUUCGCCGUUAUGGUUUCUUUCUGCAUUUCUGGCAAUAUGCGCUAACGUAGGGUUUGGCGUUUCUGUCGUUGCCAUGAACGUAUAUUUGCCAUCUCUAGCAAGGGACUCGCCGGAAGUGGCUGAGCUGUGUUUACAACUUGAAACCAGCCAGGACGCCGAAGACUCGGAGCUUGUUGAUAAUGGCCGUACCGCAUCUGAAGCGCACACCGAAGGCGUUGAAGAGCCCCUUAUAUCAAGGAACCGAGCGGAAAGUUCAGAACUACGAGUUCGCUAUGACAACGAGCUUUCUUGGGCUACCUCUCGUAUCUCAUCCCUGGGCAUAGCUCUUGGGUAUGGCGCUGCCAUAUGUCUAUUGCUAGUAGCCCUGAUACCUGUGACGAAGCUCAAAGGUAGCACCUUCUCCCUCCGUUUAACCAUCGGAUUGGGUGGAAUACGGUGGGCCGUCUUUUCAAUUCCCGCUGCUGUGUGGCUGCCUGAUCCCACUGCUUUGGCAACCUCGGGAGCCUCCGAGAGUGCUAUAUGGAUCGAUAGCUCGGAUAUCACUGACGGUAAACGGAGCAUACGAACUGACGUCGUCGCAGCCUGGAAACGCUUAGGUGGUAUGCUAUGCUGGCAGGAAAUCAAGAAACUCCGCAACACAUUCAAGUACUUGGCGGCGUGGUUUUUGCUUUCUGAUGGGUUUACGACUAUAACCUUCACUGCAAUUCUUUUUUGCAAAACGUCGUUGAAUAUGCGGCCUUCAGCGCUCAUAUUGAUCGGAGUGUUGACGCCAUGCACUGGGAUACUUGGAUCUCUGUUAUGGCCUAUGAUCCAGCGCAAGUUUCUGUCAAACCUCAAAAUUCUCAUCAUCCUUGUCAUCCUUUGCUCCGCCAUACCUGCGUACGGAUGCCUUGGAUUUGUCUUUCAGGGUAGGACAAGUUUUGGUGGGCUGACAUCUCAAAGAGAAAUGUUUGGUUUGGCCGUCGAUUUUGGCUGCGUAUACGGUGCUUUUCAGAGUUAUGCCCGUGCCUUUUAUGCCGAACUUCUCCCUCCUGGGGAAGAGGCCCGAUGGUCCGUUCCGCGAAACAUCUAAAUACGAAUAAUCCAGCAUCGCCUCGGAAGUUGUCUAUAGAACAGUUUUAAGCGAUCCAUUUGCAGUAUGAGCAUGAAAAUGCGCACUUUGAUGGCUUUCGGUAUGGAAUACAGCCGUCUCCGCUGUAGCGUCGAUUUUGAGCCGAAAAGAAAAACGACGGACGGAUGACAGUGGUUUGCCGAAUUUCAGGUCACCGGACCGGUCGAUCCUCUCUGGCGCGGCGUUGUCCGUGUCCUUUCUACGAGGAUACAUCAUGCAGAUGAAGCUCUAUCACGACCGAGUCCAUUCCUUUAUCGCUCGCUCGUGCUCUCCGGAAUUGAGAUAUUACGACGCCGCAACCCUACGAGAGGUUCAUGGCAAGCGUUGAUGUGAAGCGGAUAGUUCGAGAGCUUUGAUCGUGUAUAUUCAUUCACCUAUGAACUUCCAAUUCUGUGACCCUGUCCUAUGCUUUUGGAAAC